UAGCUAGAGCUAUAGCUCAUCGGGCACUUGGUAAUCGGACUACGGCGACGAGCUCUCUCUCCAGUUCCUACGGCGACCACCAACCGCUUCACAGAAGAGAGAGAAAGAGAACCAAUUCUACAUCUCCAUCCACGAUCCGUCCUCUUUAGGGCUCCGAUUCAACUCCUAAUUCUCAUUUACAUACAUGCCGAUGCCUUGACACAACGAUCUGAUCCGAACUGGAUAUAAUCACUUACUGUUUCUCAUGUUUCAUCAACUCUUUAAGAUAUUCUGAAGCAGAGAUUUGAGCUGAUUUGAGUUGAUUUGAGUUGAUUUGAGUUUAUGCGGCAACUGCACUGGCAACAAAUAUCUUCCUUCCUGUCUCUUCCAUCUGUUGGCAAACGGAUAUGCAGAAGAGUGAAAGUCUUUCAAGGAAUAAUUCACCAAGACCGACUCAACAGAAUCUUCGUAGGUUGAGUUUGUGUUCUCCCAAAGCAACUGGACCGCAUUCAUCUCCAGUUGUCUUUCCGGAGAAGCGUGGGAAGUUGAAAGCCUCUAAACGGGCUGAAAUAACUUCUGUAAGCGAUGAUGCUAAGAAAGAAAGAAGGGAUGAUCAUAGGAUUGAUAUACAUGAUGAGAAAUCUGAUUUGUUAGGAUAUGAAGUGUUCUCUGGAAAGAUUGUGUUUGAUAAGAGAAAAGUAACGAGUAGUCGUAAAUCUCAACCUUCCACUGAGGUAUUAAACCAGGAUUCUGUUGAUGCUAAACUGACAAGCAAAGCGCUGUUAUGGGGUUCUCAUAUGCUGCUUUUAGAGGAUGUGAUCUCGGUAUCUUACAGUACAGGUCUGAGACUCUUUACCGUGCAUGCAUACCCCAUUAAAAAGAGUUCGUGUGGCCUCUCUUGUUUUACAAAGAAUAAAAGAAGUCAGAAAGAUUUUCGUUUCUUGGCUUCUAGUUCUGAAGAGGCGCACCAGUGGGUCAGUGGAUUUGCUGACCAGCAAUGCUUUCUGAACUGUCUGCCACAUCCUUUGGUAUCUUCUAAGAAUCAGGCUUCAGAUACAGCUAGUUUUGAUUUUUCUCUUAUGCCAUACAUCAAAUCUAAAAGUCCACCCAGGGUGCUAGUGAUUUUAAAUCCAAGGUCUGGACGUGGUCGUUCAAGUAAAGUUUUUCAUGGCACCGUGGAACCAAUAUUUAAGCUUGCAGGUUUUCAGAUGGAAGUGGUCAAGACAAAAUCUGCUGGACAUGCUAAGACUCUUGCAUCUACUGUUGAUUUAAGCACAUGCCCAGAUGGAAUUAUAUGUGUUGGAGGCGAUGGCAUUGUUAAUGAGGUUUUGAAUGGCCUGCUUAUCAGGGAGAACCAGAGAGAAGCAAUUUCAAUCCCACUGGGAAUAAUACCUGCUGGUUCAGAUAAUUCUUUGGUGUGGACUGUUCUAGGAGUUAGUGAUCCAGUGUCGGCUGCAAUUGCUAUAGUAAAGGGUGGCCUUGUUGCAACCGAUGUCUUGGCUGUUGAAUGGAUUCAAACUGGACUUAUUCACUUUGGCAUGACUGUUUCAUACUUUGGCUUCGUUAGCGAUGUUCUAGAACUCUCUGAAAAGUAUCAGAAGAGAUUUGGUCCUCUACGUUACCUAGUUGCUGGUGUUCUCAAAUUCCUAUGCUUGCCCACGUACAAUUUCGAAGUUGAAUAUCUUCCAGUCAUUAAGGAGGCUAGCGAUCGUGAUGGAAAAGGUUCAGACGAAAGGGAAGUAGUUGACCUCUCAGACUUGUACACAGAUAUCAUGAGGAGAUCGAUUAAAGAAGGACUCCCUAGAUCGUCUAGUCUAUCGAGCAUUGACUCGAUAAUGACACCUAGUCGAGACUUCGGAGGAGAUCACGAUGCCUCAACCAGAAGUACACGUGCUAGCAGCGAACCAUCGGAUUACGUACGUGGCCUAGAUCCAAAAACCAAACGGUUGUCGUCAGGUAGGAGCAGUGUUAUAGAAGAACCGGAAAUAGUCCAUUCUCAAGUUCCACAUUCUUCAAUGCCUAAUUGGCCUAGAACUAGGUCAAAGUCUAAAACAGAUAAAGCAUGGAGUGGAUUAACCAUUACUACACAAGAUGCUACUAGGUGUUCUUGGGGGAAUACAGGAACACAUGACAAAGAAGAUAUAUCUUCGACUGUUUCGGAUCCAGGUCCAAUUUGGGAAUCCGAACCUAAAUGGGACUCGGAACCGAAUUGGGGUGUGGAAAAUCCUAUCGAGUUGCCCGGUCCUGCUGAAGUUCUUGAAUCUGAGUCGAGGAAAGAUGAUGUUGUACCUAGGCUGGAGGAAAAGUGGGUGAAAACUAAAGGUCAAUUUCUUGCUGUCCUGGUCUGUAACCAUUCGUGCAAAACUGUGCAGAACUUUUCUCAAGUGAUUGCUCCUCAAGCUGACCAUGACGAUAACUGCUUGGAUUUGUUAUUGGUUCGUGGAAGUGGACGUUUAAGGCUGUUGAGGUUCUUCAUACUACUGCAGUUUGGCCGACAUCUUUCUCUGCCAUUCGUCGAGUAUGUCAAGGUUAAAUCGGUGAGGAUUAAACAGGGAAAUAACACGAAAACUGGUUGUGGAAUUGAUGGUGAAUUACUUGCGGUUAAUGGUCAAGUUGUGUCUUCAAUACUUCCUGAGCAAUGCAGGCUCAUCGGUCGGUCCCCCAACAGUAAGAUAUGAAAAAGCCAGGUGGAACCUCGGGUGAAGAAUAAAUAGAAAAAGAAGAGGAUUUUGGUUUCAUUCAUUAUCUGUCACAUUAUUAUAUUAUAUUGUUUCGGUUUUUUUGUACUUGUUUGACGUGUGCAUUAGAAAAAACCUGCUGCCGGCUGCUGUUGUUGUUGCUGCCGCUAGAACUUAAAAUGUCAAGGGAUGGUCGUGUUAUGAGGUGUAUUAUUAUUAUUACUAUUGUAUUUUAAAACGUGUUUUGUCGUGUUCAUAUUUA